AUGGAUAAUGAAAAGUUACCUGAAAUUGAAUCAAAGAAUGUUAGAGAAGUAUAUGAAAUUAUAGCCCAACAUUUUUCACAAACAAGAUACAAGGGAUGGCCUAAAGUAGAAGAGUUUCUUAAUGGACUAGAAAAUCACUCAAUAGUAUAUGAUAUUGGAAGUGGAAAUGGGAAAUAUCAUAAUAUUAAUCCUCAUAUUACUGUGAUAGGAUUUGACCCUUGUCAUAAUUUGUUAAUGGAAGCUGUCCAUAAUCAAAAGAGUCAAAAUGUACAGGCUGAUGGGUUACGUGUUCCAGUAAAAUCGAAUUCUGGAGAUGCAGCAAUUAGCAUUGCCGUUGUUCAUCAUUUUUCUACUUUUGAAAGAAGAGUUUCAGCAAUUCAAGAAAUUAUAAGAACAAUUAAAGUUGGUGGAAGAGCUUUAAUUACUGUUUGGGCAAAAGAACAGAAAAAAUUUGAAAAUGAAGAAGGACAAGACUUGAUGGUUGCUUGGCAUUUAUCAAAGAAAAAAGACCCAAACAACCCAAAUCAACCAGAAGAAGUAUAUCAAAGAUAUUAUCAUGUUUUUAUUAAGGGAGAAUUAGAACAAGUCAUUGAAAAAGUAAAAGAUUGCAAAUUAGUGUCAUGUGGACUGUUAAAAGAUGAAAAGAAAAAAAGAGAUGUAAUGGAAAGAACACUGAAAGUGCUAAAAAAUGAAGUCUUCAAUUUUUUAGAUAAAAAGAAACAAGUUGAAAAUGAGUGGAAACAAAUAAGUCAAGAACAUCAAUGUCUUAAGAAUAAAAUUGAGCAAAAAAAGAAAAAUCUAAUAGAACAACAUGAAAAAGAAUAUCAAGCGAAAAAGAAUUGGAACCAACAAAUCCAAUCAAUAUUAAAAAAUUUUGAAGAUGCAAUGAUAUUAGCUGAAAAAACUGACCAAGAAUUAAAACAGAAAAAGGAAUCAAUCCUGAAAAUACUUCAAGCAAUAAAGGAUUUGAAAGAACAAACAAAGGUUCAUGACACUAUUGAUUAUAGUGAACUUGAACAUCUAAAACAGAAAGAAUUAAUACUUACCCAACGGAUUGAAGAACAAAAGGAACGGUUUAAUGCACUAUGUGCUGAUUUAAAAAAUACAGAUGAAGAAUUGCAAAAUUGUCAAAAGAAGAUUGAGACAAUGCAAACACCCCAAGAAUCAAUUAUUCCAACUGACCUACCGAAAAAAAGAGGAAGAAAGAAAAAGUAG